GUGAUUCUGAACCUGUACGAAGCGGGUCAGGGGCUCGCGUCGCACAUCGACCUGCCGCACCAAUUCGACGACGGCAUUCUCGUCUGCAGCUUUGGCUCGGGCUGCACGAUGCGCUUCAGCCGAGAGAGCAGCGCUGGGGGGGAGCAAUGGCAAGAGAAGGGGCAGAAUGAAGAGCGGGAGCAGGUGGAGCACGUCUACCUCGAGGACCGCAGUCUCGUCCUGCUCAGCGGCGAGUCGCGGUGGGCGUGGAAGCACGGCAUCGAGGCGAGAGACGAGGACCUCGUCGAGGGCGAGGCGGGUGAGGUGGAGAGGAUCCGGCGGGGCAAGCGGCUCAGCAUCACAGUACGGUGGCUCUUG